AUGUCUUCCUCCAGAGGUGGCGAGACUUCCACAUCUUCUGCGGCAUCUUCCUCCGCAGGAUCCACUCGCCUCGUCGAUGUCGGGUGUUUCAUUCUCCGAGGAGAUGGCCUUCUGAUCGCAGACCCUCUUUCCGUUGGGGGCACUCUGGACACUGCGAUGACCGCCGGAGGGGGGCUGGGCGCGGCUGUUCGUUCAGCCGGAGGUCGGACCUUCUCAGAGAAGAAGUCUGGAUUUGCAGAAAACGGCGCGCAGCAGCGACCUGAGCUGUCUCUUCCUCAGGGCAGUCUCGCCCUCGACUACGUGGCCCCAGGAUUGUGGGGAGUUCUGGCCGACGUUGAGCGCAUGCAGCCGAUCGGAGGCGGGUGCAGUGCCGCACCAGGCGCGGGAGGAGCCCUGUCGGACUCUUCAGGCGACGACUUUUCGUUGUUGAUGGACGCGGGGAGCUCAGUGAACGUCCUCUUUCUCCUCAACAGCGCACACAUGCAAAUGCAGCAGGCGGAACUCAGUGUGUUGCAAGGCCUUCCCUGGGAACCUUUCGAAAGCCCGCGGGGCAACCGAGUCUACGUGAGUAGUGGCCAAGUCGGCGUUUUCACGACGCACAGCAUGACAGAUGCCCAGGAGGCGGUGUCGAGGGCCUCGCCGCAAGCUGCGCAAGCUCAAACCGCGUUGUGGUACAAUCGCGCGUGCGAACUGACCUGCAGUGAACACCAAGUGGGCAUUUUGGACGUCGCGGGAGGACCCGUCGGCUGUGUCUCCGCAACGGGAAUCUCCGAAGAAGGGCGCUACCCGAUUUACGUGGCGCGCAGUCCUGAAAGCGAGGAGAUUUGGGCUGUGAAAGUCGCGUUCUUGUCCUCUUAA